CGUGGACCAGACCAGUACGGCGCGACUCUCCUCGCGCAUGGGCUAAAGUAGUUCCCGCGAUGCAUCGCAUAAAGACUGGCGUGUAGAAGCGUUUAGAGAAGUCGCUUUUGUUUGUUGUUGCAUCUUACAUGGCGGGGAAGAAGUUUCAAAACGUAACAGAAUAGCUGACCAUCCCAGUCUCAUGCAGAUGGUUAACAACGCCCGCUUGCGGAGAAGGACUGCGGAGAAGGGGACUACGGGAAUGGACUUUUGCUUUAGGCAUGUCUCUGCUGAGUCGUUGGCAGCGUUGAUGCUGCUUGUGCUCGCAACACCAAUAAUGGGGGUUUGUCACGCAACGGUGGUAGUCGAUGAUGAAAUCAAGACCGGAACCAUCAAUUCGGGUCCAGGACCGCAAAGAGUCGGGACUGCUCCCGGACUCGUGCCCUAUCGAAUUGUAAGUAUCACAAAAGUCAUUGUCGUAUACAGGUGCAUGUAUACUUGUGUACUCAAGGAGCAACGGCACAUGCAGCACACAAUUUAUAUCCAUCUUUCUAUGCUCGUAUGGGAUGGCAUAAGGAGGCAUCUCUCCGUAGUACGUAAUAUCCCCGCAGCCAAAGAUCGGUCAGGAUUCAAGAAACGAGUGCCAGACAAAAUACAUCCUUCGCCAUGUCGCUGCUGGGAUGGGUAAGGGUAGAGCAGGCGUAAAGGUGUGAGGGGUUGUAAGGUAAUGAUGGCGACGAGUCGCGCCAUCGUACCAGUCUCACGAUGCUCAAUUUCCGAGGACCAGGCGCAUAUGGUGAGACCCCGACGUGAGAAGCAAGCGUGCCAAUGCCACGGACACCACAAGACAAAGAGUGAUGGCGAUUAUGAUGACGAUGACGUUGAAGAUGAUGGAAGAAUUGCGAUUCUCCUACAGU